AAUUAGCACUAAAAGGAUAAACAUAAAAUACGAUAAAUCCCCCAUCCGAAAAACUUCUCCUCCCGGUCCGUGCGCGAUUCCAACCCCUUCCAAGUUCCCUAAAACCGUCAACAAGUACUCUUGCCCCCGCGGCCCCCCGUGGAGAGGUCAUAUGAACGGCGACGCCAAGAGCUUAUCCGCUUCGAACGCAGCGAGCGGCGUUGGCGGCGGAGAAGAAGCGGAAGCGGCGGCGGAUUAGAGCCCUCCUCAGGAAUGUGGGAGGCGGAAAGGAAUCAUUGUGGAGAUCCGAUGGUAGGAGGGGAGUCCGUGCGCGGAUCGCCUCCGGCCGUGGAAGGAGUUGGUGGGGUUCUUGAGGGCUCUCAGGAAGGUGGUGGUUGCGUAUUGUUGGAUAGGAGGCAAGAAGAGGAAUGUGAGCCCUGGCCGGCCUCGGCGAACGAUGAUGAUUCAUUGGACGGCAAUGGUGGUGUUGGCGGCCGGUCAAUGGAUGGGUUUCACGAUUCUGGUUAUAGGGGCCUGGGGAAUGCUUUUCUUGUGAGUGGUGGGACGGAGGUGUUGGAUGUAGAGGAGAGAGCUUGCUUUCCUUCCUGUGAUGGUAAUGUUUCUUCUUUGGAUAUCGAGGAUGGUUCGAGGGUGUUGGUGGAAGAGGAGAAGGAUGUGGAAGAUGGUUGUAUUGGUUUGGUGGGGGCUGAGGAAGAGACUGGGCACUUUGUUUUAAAAGUAGAACCUGUAGUGGAGACUCCAGGGACGGUUAAUAAAGAAAAGUGCAGCAUGGGUCAUGAGGGUCUCGAGAAUGGUCUCCAGAUGAGCAGUGAUUUGGAAGUCAGGGAUGGCUAUAGCGUUAUGGUGAAUGGUGAUGGUAGCUUGGGAGUAUCAGUUAAGGAGGUAAAUAAGGCGGAAGAAGGUUGUGGGGGUUCUGUGGAGGCGAAGGAAGAGAGCAGGCAUCUUGUCUUAGAACAUGGACCCGCAAAGGAGACUUUCAAGAUUGUUAAUACGGAAGAGUUGAGCACUGAUCAUACCUUCCUUGAAAAUGGUUACCUGCUGCAAAGUAAUGCAGAUACUACAGAACAGGUGGAGACAGCCUACUCUCCUCCUUGUGAUGGCCAUGGUUCUUCUGUCGAAGUUGGGAAUUGCUCUGGAGUAUUUGUUAAGGAGACUAAGGAGGUGGAUGCAGAACACAGAACCCCAGUACAGUCUCCCAAGAUGGUUAAUGAAGAAGGGCAUGAUGACUUUCCAGGUCUGUCACCACUGAGAACACUAGAAGGAGACCGUUCACGAAAUUCUUCUGGGAUUGAGAUUGGAUUAGAAGGCGGGUACAUUGCUGGAUUGUUUGAUGACAUCAAAGACUGCAGUGGAUGUGAUAAUGCCCUUCUUGUUUCAUCUGAACUGGCAGCAGAUUUCCCCUUGAGAAAAACAAGUGAGGGCACCACUAAACAUAUAGACAGGUUUUGCUGUCCUCCUUUUCCUAGGGGUUGCUUGGGUGCUUCAACAAACUGCAAUGUUAUGCUCUGCUCAAAAGAUGGAACUGGAGAGGAGAAUCAGCUAUUAAGCUCACAAACUGUAUAUUGUCCAACUAUGGAGUUUAAGGGAGCACAGAAGGAGCAGCAGGAAUCUGGAUCUUGCAGUCCUUCAGGUGGAAUUAGUACUCCAGAGGGAGGCAGCUGCCAGAACUUAAUGCAAGGUUCAGCUGAUGAAGUGGGAUCUUGCUCUGUUGUGGAAGGAUCAUUCUCUCAGCAAUCAUCUUAUCCAUUUACUGCUGCAGAGAAUCACCCUUUUAAUUCCUCGUUAGGGCAAAAAUUCCUGGGGAACGAUUCUGAUGCUUGUAACACAACGUUGGCUUGCUGUGGCAAAAAUGGAAAAGAUUUUUAUGGACAGUUGGGUGACGGAGGAACGGUCAAUCCAAAACCUGUUCCUUUAAUUGUCUUCAGGCGUACAAACCCUAAACGUGCUGCUUCCUCAAGGAAAAACCUGAGUGAAGAGAACUUGGAUCCAUUAAGUAGAACUAAAAAUACUGCAAGGAAAUGCAGGAAAGCAAUGAACACAAAGACAUCCGUUUCAAGCAGCAUAUUUAAGAUCUCAAACAAAGUAACAAGGAAAAGAAGCUGCUCCCACAGACCGGUACGGCAUUCUGUCUGGGGGGAAGCUGAAAACAUUCUAAGGAUAUUCAAGCAAAAUGGCGAACUUGCAAUAUCUGAUUAUGAUCCAACUCAGAUUCAGAACAAAAGGUCGAAGAAAGGGAGGCAUGGUGCGGGCAGAAAACUGCGACAGACAACUCAAAAAGAUGGGUGUUUGAGAUUGUCAAAAACUAAAAGUGCUGUUUCAACUACUUCUGUGCAUAUAAAGGAUCAGAUGGAUGUGCAGCCUAUGUUUCCUGUUGUGGUUUAUUCACAGGCUUCUGUACAAACCAAUGAUAAUGUUUGCCUGCCAAAUUUAAAUUGCCAUACUGAUUCUGGCAUUUCCAGUAAAGUUGAGGUUGAACACAAACUGGCAGAAGAUAGGCAUGUUGACGCAGUCAAGUUGCUUCAACAAGAUGGACAGCAGGGAGACAAGGAUGUGGAAAGUACUUUGACUCAAGAUACAUCUGUCGACAACUUGCUGGGUGAGUGCCCUGGGGUUUCAUCUCGAGUAGGGUCUGAAGCCUUGGUGGAAACCAUGAACAACAGACACUUGUUAGAUCCAGGGUCAUCACCAGACUCUGAUAUUUAUAACCCUGUUAUGGAUGUUGGUGUCAUUGCUAGUGAGAAUGCCACUUCAACAAUCCCAGAUGCCGGACUGUUUACGGGUGCACUUGUUCCUGUGCCUGUGGUUCAAGAUGACCUACAUGCUGCUGCUUUGACUUCCUUCAAAACUAGUUUAAGUCCUGUAUCUGCUUCAUCUUUGGAUAUAUGUCCAAAGAAAAAUGCUAAGAAAGGAAAGAAGGGGAAGAAAGGAAAGAAAGGUCUUGAAGCUGGUGUUACAACAUGCACCAUAUCAGAACAUCCUUUUAUUGAAGAAAAGUUGCAUGUUGUAGAAAACCCGGAGAAGGCUGGUGAGCCUUUAAAUAUUAAUAGUAGGCAUAAAGGUAAAAAGCAAGGUGGAUUGGAUGAAGGAACUCCUGUAUGUUCAAAGUCGAUCAGAAAGGCUGCUAGAAAAGCUUCAAGAAAUAAGACAUCCGAUAUAGAUUCUGCAGUGUUUGGAAUGGUUGAACUUGAGAGCUGUGAAGAAUCUACAAAAGAGGAAGUUGGUUCAGAUAUGUGGGCAUUGCCUGGGUGUGAUGUGGGAAAUAGACAGUCAGAAGGUGGAACGUUGGGGGCCUCACUGCUGCCUGAUAAAAUGAAAGGGCGUAAACUUCCUAGAAGUGCCAGUUCCAGGGUGAGUAAGGGCACUUCAGGUAAACCUGAUUCAGCAAGACACAGGAGAAAGGAUGCUCAUGGGCAGAAGACAAAUAGAGUAAGGAAGACAGGCUAUAAGAGCAGAAGCAAAGAGAAAAGUCAGACCCUCGAUUCUUGCUUAGAAGCAAGUGGGAGCAUGAGCUUUUCUUCAGGAGCAGCUAAUAAGUUGGUGCUUACUGGAUCAACUGAACUAAUCCUUAAAACUAAUGCUGGAAGAAAAGCUGUUUCCAAAAAUGUAUCAGACUCUGGUAUGGCACCUGUAGUUGAGGAACCGGGAUCAAACAAAGCUUCUGCAUUGGAGGGGCAGUCUUUACCACCACGGGUUGCAUGGGUGUGCUGUGAUGAUUGCCGCAAGUGGCGCUGCAUAUCGGCUGCACUUGCAGAUAUCAUAGAUGAAACAAAUCGCAGAUGGACUUGUAGGGACAACACAGACAAGGCAUUUGCCGACUGCUCAAUACCACAAGAGAAGACAAAUGCAGAGAUUAAUGCAGAGCUGGAGAUUUCAGAUGCUUCUUGUGAUGAAGAUUUUUCCUGCUUACAGCCUAGUUCUAAGGGAGUUGAAACUUCAAAGUUAACAGCCUCACAGAAAUCCUCUUGGACACUUAUCAAGUCCAACUUGUUUCUGCAUCGUGAUCGUAAAACUCAGACCAUUGAUGAGAUCAUGGUUUGUCAGUGCAAACCUCCUUCAGAUGGCAGUUUGGGUUGUGGAGAUGCAUGUUUGAACCGGUUGCUUAACAUAGAGUGUGUCAAGGGAACCUGCCCAUGUGGGGAUUUUUGUUCGAAUCAGCAGUUCCAGCAACACAAAUAUGCCAAAUUCAACUGGUUUCGUUGUGGAAAGAAAGGCUAUGGCUUACAGCUGCUUGAAGAUGUAUCUCAAGGGCAGUUUCUUAUUGAAUAUGUUGGGGAGGUGCUUGAUUUAGGUUCAUAUGAAGCUCGACAAAGAAACUAUGCUUCCAGAGGUCAGAAGCAUUUCUACUUCAUGACGUUGAAUGGCGGUGAGGUAAUAGAUGCGUGUGCUAAAGGAAACUUGGGCCGCUUCAUCAAUCAUAGCUGUAAUCCUAAUUGCCGCACUGAAAAGUGGAUGGUAAAUGGAGAAGUUUGUAUUGGACUAUUUGCGAUCAGGGACAUUAAGAAGGAUGAAGAGGUAACAUUUGAUUACAACUACGUGCGGGUAUUUGGUGCUGCUGCAAAGAAAUGUGUAUGUGGUGCUCCUGAAUGCCGAGGCUAUAUUGGCGGCGAUCCAUUGAAUACUGAGGUUAUCGUUCAAGAUGAUUCAGAUGAUGAUUAUCCUGAACCCGUGAUGAUCCAAGAAGAUGGUGAAAGAGAGCUAGAUGUGGAUGAGACUGUUUUUGAUGCUAUGGAUGCUAUGACUUUGAAACAUGAAGAUGUUUCUAUAGAAAAUAAAGAUUUGCUAAUUCAAUGUGCUCGCACAAUCCCAGACUCAGAUGAUUAUCAACAAACCAGUGAAACUAUAUGCAGGCCCUUAUCUGAUGUUAACUCACUGGAUGCUUCUUCUCAAACUCUGAAUCCUAUUCAAACUGAAAAAUCGAUGUCUAGACCCUUAUGUGAUACUCACUCACUGGAAAACUCUAUACAGAGUUUGGAUGAUAGACAAACUGAAGAGACCAUGUCCAGACCUGUAUCUGAUGUUCAACCAACACAGAUUUCUUUACAAACUUCUUUUACUAUGAAAGAAUUGGUGUCUGAUUCCAGCCUGAAUCGCAAGACUUCACUGUCCGAUGUUGUCGACGAUAAGCAAAACGCAUUAAAAACUUUUCCUGCAAGAUCAUCUCGUUCAAGCAGUACAAUAAAAAAGAGCAGGUCAAAUGUAAAAAGUUCGGUGCCCCCCAAGGCCAAAAAAUUGCCAACAAGUGCAAGUAGUGGGCAUUUUGAGGGAGUUGAAGAAAAACUUAAUGAGUUACUGGAUGAGGAUGGAGGCAUCAGCAAGAGGAAAGAUGCCACCAAAGGCUAUUUGAAGCUUCUCUUUGUCACUGCAGCAGGAGGGGAUAGUGUCGGCGGCUGUGCAUCUCAAAGUAUACGAGAUCUUUCGUUGAUACUUGAUGCUCUUUUAAAAACAAAAUCACGGACAGUUUUGGUGGAUAUCAUUAACAAAAAUGGAUUGCAGAUGCUGCACAAUAUAAUGAAGCAAAACCGCAGUAAAUUCAACAGAAUUCCUAUCAUCCGAAAGCUUCUCAAGGUGUUAGAAUUUCUAGCACUAAAAGAGAUCCUUACCCCAGAACACAUGAAUCGAGGUCCUCCAUGUAGUGGAAUGGAAAGCUUUAGGGACUCAAUAUUGAGUUUGACCAAGCAUAAUGAUAUGCAGGUUCAUCAAAUUGCUCGUAACUUUCGAGAUAAAUGGAUUCCUCGUACUAUCAGAAGAGUUGAGCCAUCAGACAGGGAUGAUGGCCAACUAGAUUCACAACAUUCCUACUGCAGUUGGUUUGAGUCAUCAGUGUAUAGACGUCGGCAUGAUCAUGUGGCAAGACAUACUGAUGCCAUAGUCUGUGUUAGUGAAGCUGUACAAAAGCCGACAUCUUCAUUCUUGGUUGAUAUCCCUGGAGGAACUUCUUCACGUCCUGGCCAACUGGUAUCCAGUUCUGCACCCGUGAUUCAUAACAAUACAGCAAGUGGGACAAGAACACGCAAACGUAAAAGCAGGUGGGAUCAGCCAUCGGAUAUCAUAGUCCUAGAUCCGAAAACCUUGUGGUCAACUGAAGAUCAUACUGUCGAGGCAGGUUUGAAGUUUAUAAAAGCUACUAAUUCACAAUCAGAACUUGGUUCUCAACUUGAGGAAUUAAAGAAGGAUUUUGGGACCCAGAGAGAGGAGAACAGCUCAUUUGAUGAAGUCGCAAGUGUGAAGAGUCCAAUGCCGCAGAACCUUGAUGAUGAAGCACCGCCUGGAUUUGGGUCUCCUCAGAAGGAUCGCUAUCCUCAGGUUUCUUUUGAAACUUCGGUAACUACAGGGGAAGUAGUAAUGGGGUGUAUACAGGAGAGAUUCCUUUCUCACCUAAGUGUGUCAUAUGGCAUUCCUUUGACCCUGAUGCAGCAGCUGGGAUCCACUGAAGCUGGAGGCAACCAGAGUCAUCCAAACUGGUCGAUUGCACCCGGCAUGCCUUUCCAUCCUUUUCCACCUCUUCCCCAUACCCAUGGGGAACACCAAAUCCUACAAGUCCAACAGAGACAUCUAACCACAAUAUGACUCAGGCUGCAAAAGAAACACAUCUAACCAAACGACGAGUUGAAGAGACUCAGACAACAGAUCUGACUGUUCAAAGCACAUCAGGGGAAGGGCCAGCAGAUAUAGUUGAAUCAAGGCCCAGGAGCUCGUUCAUUAAUGGAAGAGCAAGAUGGCCUUCCAAUAGCUCUGGAAGGAGGUUUUUCCGACCCCAGAAAUGGAACAACCAGAGGUUUCAGAGAUGUUGGCCUCCUUGGCCCCGGGAAGGCAGCGGUCGUGGUUGCAGUUGGAGUGAAAAAAAUGGGGAUUCUGGUGUAGGUGUAGGAUAUCCAAGGGAUGGUAGUGAUUUAUGUUCCUUGGAGAGUGUAAGCAACAAUGUUAUUAGCUCUAAUUGUCAUCAGCCACCACAAAAUAAUUGAUUGUGGUCAUUUGAUUGAUUGAAAAAGGAGCAGGGGCAGCAAUAGGCGCUUCUCGAUGUAUUUAUAAUUCUUUUACAUGCUAAUAUCUAUCAGAUGCAAUUUCUAUUUUUUUAACUCACUAAGGGCAGUUGAUUCAGUUUGUAGGUUUUAUGGGUACCAUAUCUGUUGAAUGAAGUCUUAUUUCAUUUGUUCC